AUGGACAUUCCACUUAAGUGCAGUAGUGAAGAACCAGGAGUUCUGAAAGAGAUUGACUGCUACAUAUCACCGGCUAUGCAGAGGCAAAUUUUGUUGCUUUUGUAUAAAAAUCGUGAAAGCUACCAAACUUUGGACUCCGAGUCAAUAAAAGAGGCUCGAAUCAAGCCAAACCUAGAUCUCAUUGAACUUAAUAUUAGGGAUGGUCGAAGCUGUUAUGUUGAAUCCACUGGUGAACAGACUGAUACGUAUCUCCUGCGUUCCAACACUGUGACAUUCCCAAGGACACUUUUGGGGUAUUUCGUUAAUGAUGAGUGCCACUUCGUACCACUUAACCGAGAUGUUUUGGUUUUGGACACAUUGAAAGAGAAUGCAAAAGUGGAUAGGUUUAACCAAAGUACUGACGCGUCAACAUCAGACACUGUGGGACCUUCAGCAUUUGUGUCUGCUCGCCUCAGAACUGCUGACGCAAAUGCUCUCCGUGGUCCCAUGGCAAGUCGUCGAAAACCUGCAGAUAGUGACCCUGAUGUUAUAUUCUUGAGACAACAGACCCAAGCCCCGUGGCGUCCAGUGCGAUAUAAACGUUAUGUACCUAGUGAAGCUUUUGAAAGGCGUAUCCCACUACUUUACCCAAAUGAUGAUAUGGAACAUUCUCGUAAUCAUGCAAUAGGUCCAAGUCAAGAAGAGUAUGUUAACAGUUUGUUAGCUUCAGUAACACCCAAUAUUGUGGAUCGAAGUCGUCUGGAGCCUGUGAAACCACCUACGUUAGAGGAACUUAUUCAGUCAAUAAUGGUAAAAGCCCAGCUUAUACGUUUCAAUAAACUGGUUAUGUGCGUGAGGGAGCGAUUCAAAGACCCACAUUCUGUUACUGGUGCCAGCGUCUUACAGCAUUUACCAAAGAUCGCUAUAUUACUUCGUGGUUGGUGGGUUGCAAAAAGUGAAAUUCUGUACCCACCGAAUUCGUACAGUGAACACAGUGGUGUACCGAGUGCGUUACUGAUCCGUGCACGUGAUUAUAUCAUGGCUGUGUUUCAUCGUGGAGAACAUUUAACCCGUAAAACCAUAUCAUGCAUGACUAAGCUGCCUACUGUUGAAGCCACUGAGAUGCUGAAAUCCUUGGCCUGUAAAAUGUCGACCCCUCAAAAAGGCUGUGCAAACCAUUGGGAAUUUCAUCCUACAGACUAUGAUUUCAUAAAAAAACAUCCAGAUAUUGUGCAACAACAGCAGGCUGCCUGGGAAAUUCGUAUCCGUCAAUUGUGCACUCAAUUAAAACUGGAGCAACUUGUGUCAGAUGGUACCCGACGUAAAAGUAACUCUGGAAGACGUACCUCUGAAAGUGGUUCCGAAUCCGAAGGUGGCUUUCAGUCACUUGUUUCAGGUGUUCAUGUUUCUUCACCUGGAAAACACGCGAAUAAUCGGAAGCGUAUUCGUCAGAUGAGUGUAUGUCAAACAACUGAUACUGAGAAGAGUGUUACUUCACCACAACCACCCAGCCGGAAGCGUAUACGUACUCAGAGUCUUUCAUCUGGUUAUUCUUCUACUUCGUUAUCACCCCCAUCUAAACUUCCGCGUGCUUAUACGCAUGUUUUGUCUCCUGAAUUUUGUGCACCCACCUGCCCUCCACGUAUAAAGUCACCUUCUCCGAAUCGAAAGGUGUGUGAAAUUCCUCCUUCGAAUACUCCUGAAAGUUGUGCUUCUGACAAUCUAUCACCUACAAAGGAAUUUAAUAAACAGAAUCAAGAAGUAACCUUCAAGCCUGAACCUAGUAGUCCUCGGUCUUCUCCUCCCCCAACUCCUACAGCAGAAUUUGGCAAUGGUAAGGUUAAACUUUCACCACCAUCACAAAAUUUAUCACCAGAAGCAGAUGAAAAUCCCGGUUGUACAGAAUUCCUCAAUGAAAAUAACUCUAUUAACAAUAAUACUGAUAUACCUUCUACGCCAUCAAGCUCUGUCAACGUUAAUAACAUCGAGAAUGGCAGUGAUAGUGAAAUACCGGAGGCACUGAAGAAUAAUUCAGUUAAUCUUGUAAAAAAUAUUUUAAAUACUCAACCGAUUGUGGCAUUGUCUGAAUUGACAAAAAUUUACCAGCAACAAUUGGGAAAUUUCGAUGCGAAUUCCUAUUCUUCUCUCUGGAAAAAUAAUCCACCGCCACCAGGUUCUGAAAGUGAACGUGAAAUGUUGAAAACACAUCUUUUAGAAGCCUUAAAAUUAGUUGGCGCUCGUCGACUAGUGGUUCGUUGGCCAACAGUACCUACUGCUUUGGAAGAGGAACCGUUGUUUGUAACACAAGUAGCUGGUCAAGAAUGCGGUGCUGUUAAUGAAUCGAUUGCACAGUUCCGAGAUGCAAUACUGGAUUUGUAUGAAUCGUUGCCGAGUUUUAAGAUGAGAGAUUUACAAGAUAAAUGUGAUGUAUUUCCUCCCAAAGGAAUGUCUGAAAAAGCAAUGCGCGCAUUCAUAAAGCAAUUCUGUAUAUUCAGACAUGGAAGAUAUUUCCUACGUUGUACUAUCUCAUGUGAUUAA